AUGUCCAAACCUUCACAGCGUCUAACAGCAACAAAUAACCAUCUAAAAUCAACAACGACCAUGGCAGCAGCAAGUAACUUCUACAGCAUCGUCGCCGGCGUGGGCGCUGGAACUGGCCGGUCCGUAGCCAUCAAAUUCGCCCAAACUUAUCCCGUUGCCCUACUUGCCCGCAACCCUGCAAAUUACGAAUCCAUUGUCAAAGAGAUCAACGCUGCAGGCGGAAAGGCAAUCGGCAUAUCAACCGACGUAUCUUCCGAAUCCUCCAUCAAGAAUGCAUUUGCAGAGAUACAGAAGGAGUUCAAGGGCAAGAACUUAGCAGCUGCCGUGUACAAUGUUGGAGGGAAGUUUGUGAGGAAGCCGUUCUUGGAGUUGUCGUUGGAGGAAUACGAGGCGGGGUAUGAGGCCAAUGGCAAAGGAUUCUUCCUCUUCGCCCAGGCAGUUCUCCCAGGCCUUCUCUCCUCCGUACCUACUUCUCCUCAUCCACCAUCCCUCAUCAUCACCGGCGCAACUGCCUCCCUCCGUGGCAGCGCGAACAUGUCCUCUUUCGCAAGCGGCAAGUUCGCAUUGAGAGCUACAGGACAGAGUCUGGCUAGAGAGUUUGGUCCUCAGGGUGUACAUGUGGCGCAUGCGAUUAUAGAUGGAGUAAUUGAUAUCCCCAGGACGAAGGAAUGGGCUGUAAAUGGUGGUGUGGAGGAUGGGAAGAUCAGUGCCGAUGCAAUUGCGGACUCGUAUUGGUAUCUACAUACACAGCCGAGGAGUCACUUCACGCAGGAGUUGGAUGUUAGGCCAUAUAUUGAGAAGUUUUAAAUUUGUGUAUUAAUAGAUGGCAAGAAUGGAUGAGCAGUGAUUGAGUCGCUAAAAAAUCAUUACAUAUGUCUACGUGAAUAGUGGAAGAGAAACUCGAGUCCGAAGAAUAAGUCCAGGUCUUGAAAGUACUUACAUUUCUCCAGGGAAGUGUUCAAUAUAUGUAAGGGCAUAUCCCUCACCAUCAAACUCUCAUCAUCAAGGACCAAGAUCUAGAGACAGUCUGCAGGCGAGGAAGGCCGUCUUCCGAAGAAUCCAACCUCUCGUUUCCUCUUGCGCUAUUGUUUACCUCGAAAACCAUGAUUCCAGUAAAGGACGAUUGACGCGGAGAUAAUUAGCGCAUCCAGCAGAUUCAGCUGAAGCACUUGAGCCCAUCCCACGAUCCUGUAAGUUAGUAGAGGCCAGCUCCCUCCCAAAGCAAAAUGUAUAGCAACGUAACCAACAUAUGCGUGCCCUGGUGGGCGACCGCUUGCUUCGGGAGGAACUCCCAUGGAGC